AUGACGACACUUCAAACAGAGGGUGGUAGCAGUGGAGGUCCUACGGUACCUGCUAAGAUAUUUUGUGGAGGAUUAAGUGAUGUCACAACAAAUGCUUCAUUGAGAACUCACUUCUCACCUUAUGGUGAGAUAGUGGACUCAGUUGUACUGACAGAGAAGACUACUGGUAGAUCACGCGGAUUUGGUUUUAUCACUUUUGCCUCGGAGGAAUCUGUUGAUGCAGUCUUAUCUUCUCCUCAAAUUGUUGAUGGAAAAGAGAUAGACUGUAAGAGAGCAGUUCCAAGGGGUGUAAUUCAAGCAAACGAGGCAGAUGAAUCUGUAGAUAACAAUCAGCCUAGUAAUAAUUCGGGUAUUACAAACACAAAUAAUACAAAUAUCAGUGGUAAUAGUGGUAAUAACAAUACUAGUAGCAAUUCUAAUGUAACAGGAAGAGCUCACAUUGGAGGUUCAGCAAGUUCAUCAGGUGGUUUUAGUGCAACCAAAAUAUUUGUUGGAGGACUUCCUCAAAGUUGUACUGAUGAGAAACUUAGAGAGCAUUUUGGAAAGUACGGUACUAUUAAGAACCUUAGUGUUAUGGUAGAUAGAGAUACUAAUAGGCAUAGGGGUUUUGGAUUUGUUGAAUAUGAAUCUCCUGAUGCAGUUGAGGAGGUUAUGAGACAUUAUUAUGAUCAUCAAAUUGAUAAUAAGUGGGUAGAAUGCAAAAAAGCUCUUCCUAGAGAAAUUAUGGCAGGAAACUCAAAUCAAUCUAAUUCAGCAGGCCAUGGACCUUCAUUAGGAAAUCCUAGAAUUAGAGCAAACCCUGCACUUGCUGCAGCAUCAACCACAGCCGGUUCAAAUUAUGCCGACUAUUACAGGAAUCCGUAUUUGCCUGUACAUGCUGGGGGUGUUCCGAGCCAGCAAAUUUAUGGAAGAUACGGUAGGCAUGACCCUAGGUAUAUGUAUACAGGAUAUGCUUCAGGAUACACAUCGAAUAUUUACGCCACUGGAGGCUAUGCUCAAAUGGCUCCUAUGCAUCAUGCAACUGCACCUGGACCUCAGUCGUCCGCAGGUGUAGCAGUAUCUAUGCCACCAGUAAUUCCAACUUUAGGUUCACACUAUGGAGAUGUUUCGCCAGAGCAAGCCGGUAAUCUUCAAGUUCAGCCUAGUGGGUCAACUGCUACUUCUAAUACUUCGAAUUUGAACGCAAAUAGUGCAAGUAAUAAUAAUAAUCCCAAUUCCGCUCCAAAUUACGAUAAUCAGGAUGAAUACCUUUCUGAACAACAAGGGGUAUCUGAUUCGAAUGUACACUCGUAUCAUCAUCCUGCAACAUCCACAACAAACACCCCAUCAGCUACUGGACCUGGAACUCAUCCACCUAGACCCGGGAUACCCCCUCAUAUGUAUGCUCCAAACAUGGCACGUCCUGGACCAUAUACUCAAGGUAGGUAUGCACCGUCAGGAGCUCUUCCGUACUCGGUUCCCGGUACCGUCCCAACACAUGGAAGGCUACGAGGUAUGUAUUGA